AUGGUCCUGAGGUCAUCUAUACGUACGAACCUGCAACAAGAAAUAGGAGGUCUUGUAACGGAAUGGCCAUCUCGCAUUAUCAGUAUUAUAUCAAUUACAAUAGCUAAUCCGACGAUUCAAGCAGCCAUAGAUGACGUUGCCUCUACUACUCAUGAACAUCCUCAUAGUGUCGACAUGGGUUGCCAAGAAGAGCUCUUGAUACAAAAAAUCUGCAGCUUCUAUGAUCAAAUCUCAAACCUUGAGAGUCUCAAACCAUCCAAAGAUGUCGACAUGCUCUUCACACAGCUUGUUCUCACGUGCAUUCCACCAAACCCUAUUGAAGUUAACAAGCUCUCCAAGAAAAUCCAAGAAAUAAGGUUUAAGCUUAUUAGACUCUGUGGGGAAGCUGAAGGUCACUUAGAGAAUCAUUUCUCUACAAUCUUAGGUUCUUUUGAGAACCCUCUUGAUAAUCUCAAUAUCUUCCCUUAUUAUUCAAACUACCUUAAGCUUAGCCACCUUGAGUUCACCAUCCUUAAACAACAUUACCCUCAUGUCCCCAGCCAAGUUGCAUUUGUGGGUUCUGGUCCUCUUCCCCUGACUUCAAUUGUUCUAGCUUGUAAUCACCUCACCACCACCACUUUUCACAACUAUGAUAUUGACCCUUCAGCCAAUUCCAGGGCUCUUCGCUUGGUCUCCUCUCAUCCUGACGUCUCCAAACGAUUUUUCUUUCACACAACUGAUAUCUUGAAUGUUGCCGAUGGACUGAAAGAGUUUGAUGUAGUUUUCUUGGCAGCUCUUGUUGGUAUGAACAAUGAGGAGAAGCUUAGGGUCAUUAAUCACCUGGCCAAGUACAUGGCUCCUGGGGCUAUCUUAAUGCUGAGGAGUGCUCAUGGUGCUAGGGCUUUUCUUUACCCAGUGGUGGAUCCUUGUGAACUCGCAGGAUUUGAGGUUCUUUCUGUGUUUCAUCCUACCGAUGAAGUCAUAAAUUCAGUUGUCAUCGCUCGUAAACAUCAAAUGUCUGUACAAUCAUCACCAGUAGAUCAGCAACCUCUUGUCUCCAAUAUGAUACAGCUGCCUAGCAAGUGUUCUGAGAUCCCAGCUUUCAAUCCCCUUAACCAUGGAAACAUGAUUGAGGAAUUGGCCAUUGAGGAGCAACUCUGAUCAUGGAGAGUGGAUCUUUAUAUAUAUAUAUAUCAUCUGCUUUUGAUGUCCUCCUGCUGUCUCUGUGUCUUUACUAUAGUUAGCUAUUUUGAUGAAUAAAGAUUCCCACCUCAAUCUAUGUUUCAAAGACAUUUCUUUGUCUGUGUAAUCUUGCUUUGAUCAAUAAAGAUGAAUAUCCAUUAAAUUUUCGGUUCUUGUUUUGAA